AUGCCUUCGGAUAACCACGUCAAAGCGGCCUUUUCUCUCAUCGAGGACAAGACAAAGGUCCUUGGCUUGACUAUUGGUAUCCAUGAGAACGUGCAGCCAGGAAAAUGGCUUCCUCGCAAUGAGGCCCAAGAGCUCCCGAAGCUUUCCUUUGCCGGCGCUAACCCCACCAGCACCUACCUGGUUGUGAGCUUAGACAUUGACGCACCUUUCCCCUCUUUCGUGAUCCUGAGCCCCAUACUUCACUGGAUCCAGUCCGAUAUCAAGGUCACCAGCGAGGGUGCACUCAAGUUCGAUGCGCCCUUCGUCGCCAAUUACAUCGGCCCUGCUCCCCCUCCUAUCAGCGCACCCCAUCGGUACCUCUUUCUCCUGUACGAACAGCCUGAAGGCUUUGAUCUCACGGCCUAUGCACCUGCCGGUGGCAAAAAUGUUAGCAAUUCGAAUCGCAUGCGGUAUGAUCUUGAUGCUUGGGCAGAGGAGAUCAAGCUUGGAUCUCCUGUAGCUUUCAACUAUUUCACCUGCAACUAG